GGAAGCUUACUCUCACGGCCGACAAUUUAGAUGCCCACAUCUAACCACCCCUUGUUCCUCAUGGAACCGGCCGACACUUAAAUUAAGUCGUACAAAGGAAGUGGGAUGGCUUUGGUUCUUCGUCUCCAUCCUUCCAUUAUUGUCCUCCUCGUACUUGGCUACAUGCUCGAUGGUCCAGAGAUUGCAGCAGUAGAGGAGGAGUGGUGUAGCACGUCUAGGCUCUCCUUCAGUAGAAGAGAGGAAGCUUGGGAGAUGAUGAAGAAGGCAGAGAAAGGAGAGAAGAAGUGGGUGUUGGAGGUGAAUAAGGGGGCAUGGACUGCUGAGGAGGAUCAGAAGCUGGUUGAGUAUGUUAGAGCUCAUGGUGAUAAGAAGUGGAGAACUCUGGCUGCCAAAGCUGGGCUGAAUAGGUGUGGGAAGAGCUGCAGGCUAAGAUGGCUUAAUUAUCUCAGGCCUGGGAUAAAAAGAGGAAAUAUAUCCCAAGAUGAAGAGGAUCUCAUUAUUCGACUCCACAACCUCUUGGGCAAUAGAUGGUCAUUAAUCGCUGGAAGAUUGCCUGGCCGGACGGAUAACGAGAUAAAGAACCACUGGAACACUCACUUGAGCAGAAGGCCAUUAACAAUCGAUGAUCUAAACCUUCAGCAGCAUAGGAAACAUGAGGAUGGUUAUGGCCACUCUCACCCAUCAAAAACUCCUAUUGAACCAAGCCUGGGGUUCAACUCUGGGGUCUCGGAGGAGGACCGGUUUGAAGCUUGGCUCCCAUAUCACGAUGCCGAGUUGUUCGACGCAUGGGCUGACUUGUCUGGGUCUGACUUUGAUGUCGAACAUCUCUUCGACUUCAUGUCGAUGCCGGGAUGAGGAUGGAAGCAGUGGCAGCGAGCCGGGAGCCGAAGAUUAUGGCAUCAUGCAUGGGUCAAGAUAGUUACAUCGACCAAGAGCUCAUUAAGGAUGAGCUCCACAAAGUCACCAAUCAGGGAUAUUUGGAUUUCACAGGCUGUGCGUAAUCCAUCAGAGUUUGUUGAUUUGUACCAGUUCAUUGGUUGUGAGGACUAUGCAUUCCAUUUUCCUCAUUGAUGUGCAUAUUUCCUUUCAGUUAUUUUGUCUCACAAUGACUUGGUUUGAGUACUUAAAGCUGCCGUAUAUCAUUGUGGUAAUAAAUUUCCAAAAAGUUGGAUUGAUGGCACA